AUGCACAAGAUCCUAUCUGAUAUAUUAAAGAAGGAGUAUGGUAUUACCGCGUUGUAUCCAUACCAGCGAGAUGUUCUAUCGUACUUGAGUGAUACGGAGAAGCCGGUAGCAACAUCGAUGAAUGUGGGCGCGAGUGACUUGAUAGUAUAUUGUCCGACCGGGUACGGCAAAACAAUGGCUUAUGUGAUACCUAUACUUAACUACCUGCUGACGACGUCUCGGAAGGACGGAGCAAGGACCGAGCAGCGAGGUAAGAAGUGCGAAAGACCUGACGGCCUGGCAGCUUUGAUAAUAGUGCCUACGAAGGAAUUAGCCGGCCAGGUGUCGGAGGUGAUUGAAUCGUUUCUGGACAGAAUCAACGCAGACCCCAAUGACGGAAGCCCGAAGCUGCGUAAGUUGGAGCUGGUUACACUAGCGGCCCUCAAGUCGGUUUAUGAGGAAAGGGUUGAGCUUCAGGAGAAACAGCCCGAUGUAGUAGUUUCAGUUGCCUCUCGAAUCUCGUCGCACUGCCUACAGACCACGAGUGAACAAUGGGGGAACUCAUACCUCUGGGAGUCGUUGCGGUACCUGGUGAUCGAUGAGGCUGACAGGUUGCUCUCCAACUCCUAUGACGAUUGGGUUACCGCCGUGAGGUAUAUCACCGAGAAGGCGGAUCGGAUACGGGGUACCAAGUCGGAUGAUUUUGUAAAGAAGGAGGAUAUUCUGCAGAGAUACUGGAAACAAUCUGGAAAUGACACCACCGAACUUGAAGUUAACGAACCCAAAGUUCUCCGAGCAAUUUAUCCCAUCACUUUGCAAAAGCUUUUGUAUACUGCAACUGACGUUAAGUCGUUCAAAGGAAUGGCUAGCUUACGGCUUUUGGACCCCUUGUGUAUCAGGGCCCAACUGGACGUCGAUCUACUUGACCAGUUUUUCGUCAUUACCAAGAAACCAGCAGAACAUUUGGUGGAAGCAGUUCUUCGGACGGCAGGAAACAAACGAUUCAAAGCCAUCAUCUUCUGUCCGGCUAUCACCAAAGUCCGACAAAUAUAUAAACUGCUAGUCACCCAAGGUACUCAACUCGGACUCGAACCCACCCACGUCACCACCUUAACCGGCGACACAUCCACCAGACGACGAUUGGAAGUCAUGGCGCGCUUUCGCAAGAACGAAUCACGGAUUUUGAUAUCCACAGAUCUCACCGCCAGAGGCAUCAACAUCCUGGACAUUAACCACGUGUACCACUGUGGAUUGCCACACAGCCCGGACGUUUACAUACAUAGAAUCGGCCGCACUGCUCGAUGCGGUAACAGGGGAGAAAGCCAUCUCUUUACCAAUCAAGCGAACAAGAUGACCGCAUUCCAGGACGGAAUUAGGAAAAUUAGGCCUACCAGCAACAUGGAGGUCAUCCGGCUCGAACCCCCAAACGAAGACAUAAAGGAAGAAUGCGAACGCAGAAGUCUAGUACAGUAA